UGGCCCGAGCGCAGGGCUCUCCCGGAAGUCUCUCAGGGCUGAGGCGGAAACGGAAGGCUCCACGGGUGAGAGGGCCAAGUGACGGGCGGACUCGGGUGUACUAGGUGAGCAGGUGCGCGGCGAGGCCUCUAGCGUCGGCUUCGGGCCCGGUGGGCAAGGGAGGGCCCUGAGGACGCGGGUCCGAGUAGGAGGGGCCCAGUGGGCGGGGCCCGGAAUCGACGGCUUAGAGGGGCGGGGUCGCGACGCUUCUGGGGCCAGGCCCCAGACCUGUGGCUUGUGGUAGCCGGUGCUUCGCCCCUGAACUCGCGGCGAGAGAACCUGAAGCCCUCCCUCAUGGCGGUGCGAGCGUCUUUCGAGAACAACUGUGAGAUCGGUUGCUUUGCCAAACUCACCAACACCUACUGCCUGGUGGCCAUCGGAGGAUCCGAGAACUUUUACAGCGUGUUCGAGGGCGAGCUCGCCGAUACCAUCCCCGUGGUGCACGCGUCCAUCGCCGGCUGCCGCAUCAUUGGGCGCAUGUGUGUGGGGAACAGGCAUGGGCUCCUGCUGCCCAACAACACCACUGACCAGGAGCUGCAGCACAUUCGCAACUGCCUCCCAGACUCAGUGCAGAUCCGGCGGGUAGAAGAGCGACUUUCAGCCCUGGGCAAUGUUACCACCUGCAAUGACUAUGUGGCCUUGGUCCACCCAGACCUGGACAGGGAGACAGAAGAAAUCCUGGCUGAUGUGCUCAAGGUGGAAGUCUUCAGACAGACAGUGGCUGAGCAGGUGCUAGUAGGAAGCUACUGUGUCUUCAGCAAUCAGGGAGGACUGGUGCAUCCCAAGACUUCAAUUGAAGAGCAGGAUGAGCUGUCCUCUCUUCUCCAGGUGCCCCUCGUGGCGGGCACUGUGAACCGAGGCAGUGAUGUGAUUGCUGCCGGGAUGGUGGUGAACGACUGGUGUGCCUUCUGCGGGCUGGAUACAACCAGCACGGAGCUGUCGGUGGUAGAGAGCGUCUUUAAGCUGAAUGAAGCCCAGCCUAGCACCAUCGCCACCAGCAUGAGGGAUUCCCUCAUUGACAGCCUCACCUGAGUCACCUUCCAUGCUGUGCCCCAGCUCGUUCCUCCCUGCCUCACCUAGUCUGUACUUGCUGCUACCAGGAAGGUGUGGCAGAGGGAUCAGUGAAACAGUGGCUAGGGGCCCAGCCCUGCACCAGUGCCAUCUUCUGAAUCUGUUGUUCCUGGAAAAGCCCGCCAUGUCACUCUGGCUGUCAGUGCUUUGGCUAAUGGAUGAGGAUGCUGCUGUUCUGGGGGACUCCAUUAAAGGGCACUUGCCUCUGGCCA